AUUAAAAAAUUUCCAAAAGAAACGCGAAACUAAGCCAGAAAUCUGUCCAUUCGACAUUUGCUUAUAAUCGGUCAUGGAUGGAUAAUUAAAGGUAACGCUAACGCAAUCUCAUAAACCGAUACAAUGGAAUAUUGAAAGAUUCUCAGUAGGUCCACAAUUUAUUUUUCUUGGUUAUUUUCAAACUUAUUCGAUCAUAAUAUUUUUUGUGUCGUCCAUGUACUAUGAGCCACACGAAAAUGCUAAAAUAUCACGCAGAAUUUCAUAGAUAAAUGUGAUUUUCACACCACUGUUCGUCACUAAAAAGGCUACCUAGGUUUAAGUACAUACAAACAUUGAUUUUCACAAUCAAUUUUUAAAUCACACAAUCGGCUUGCCGAAAUUACACAAGACCAUAAAUUUACUGGGUUCGUAAAACAGGUCACAAAAUUUAAAAGCAAUUACAAGCAUUUUAAAUAUUGAACGGUUGAACCCUUUUUGUCCCGAUAGUACCUAUUUUUAUUCUUACCGGAACAAAUUUAAUGUUAUCCAACAAUACAUAACAAUAAAAAAAAGUCACUGAUGUUGUUAAUUGCAGGGUCUGAUAAUGAUCUUCAGUGCACUUAAUUAAAAAAAAAGCAGGUUUUUCUGAGAAAUAUGAGAUAAUUGCGCAAAUUAAACCUAUGUGUGGUAUUACAGCAUCCUACCCCAUUAACUUAUAGGCAUUGAUUACACACACAACUGUAUAAUUAAUGUCGUUAAGUAUAUAAUGAUCUUAGGGCACCACUUACUUACUAUCCAGCUGCACAACUCUCUUGGCGGGAGCGGUUUGCGCCGAUCUACGCCUCUUGGGGUAAAAGACUGCAUUGCCUGUUUGGCGUGCAAUUAAGCCCAGUGUUGCCACGUUGGCCAUUGUCCCGAAUUCAAUUCAAUUAGUCAAUAAAAUGUAUUAAACACCUAACCCUAGUUCAUUGCAAUAUUACGUAAUAUUGUACAGCAAAUUCUAAACGUUCACAUUACAAUACAGCUCAAAAAUCACCUACUACGGUACUGUGAAGCGACCGCGCGAUGAAAAUUCGUUUAAUCCGGCCACGACUUUUACCCCAAGCGCGAGAAAUAGGGCACCAUUCCAUCUCGCUUGGUUGUAGACCGCCAGAUCAAAGGCGCCGCUCGAGAGUUGCGGAGCUGGAUAGUAAGUAAGCUGUGCUUAGGGGUUCACCAUUGAAAACUUUGACUUGCCGUAUACUUACAGUUGGCAACUCUGGGGCACAAAUACAUGCAGCGCCAUCUAGUUUUUGAGUUGAAACAACGGACGUUUCGAGGCACUUUUGAAUCUCGGUAGCAGUCGGCUCGGACUGGGGUACCUAUACCCUAGGUAGCACGAAUAAGUCCUACAAGAACGUUGUGUAAUACACGCCAUUGAAUAAGUAAACUUAUUCUUACCAAGAAGGUUCUUUUAUAUGUGCGAUGUAGUUCUCCAUACUUGGAACGUUAUUAUGCAGUAAAUUAAGAAAGUAACGCAUUAGGUGGUAACGUUGUAUUUAAUAUUUCUUAUUGCCAAUCGAUUUCGACAAAAUAGUUAUGCUAUCAUCAGCCUGACUGGUUAAUAAUGAAUGUAUCCACCAAACAAUUAUUUCCGCACGAUGAGCCAAAGCCAACAACAUCCAAUCUUUCAUUGGAUUUGUAAUUAGAAAAUUAAGUUAAUUGCAUGUUCAAAGCUCAUUUACGACAGCCUCGAGAAAAAGUCCUUUCAGGUAGGAUAGGAUAAAGUUUCAAAGGUAUACAUUCGAUUCACUUUCAAAUUAGAACAAUUUCACUUAAAAAUCUGCUAGAAAUGCUAGAAUGUAACUCAAUGUUUACAAACUACACACGCCAUUUGUAAAUUACAUCAGCGCCUCUGGUGUUAAUCUGAAUCGCGAAUCAACUUUAAAACACACUUUACCAAUGUUUUUAUCGUUGUAAUGGCGUUAUGAUAGAAUGAUACCUAUAUUCCGUAUAAUUAAAGUUUGUGUUGAUUUCCUAUUUAAUUUAUACACAUUAACAUGGAAUUGCCUUUUCUUUUAAACCCAGCAAAUUGAAUUCUACUUAGCUGCAGGUUCAUUUCAAUAAAUUUGUACUCGCAAAAGUAGGUACCUAAACAGAUGUUUUAUUCCUUUCGGAAAAUACGAUCGAUACAUUUAGGAUUGCUGAGUAGUAUUGCAUACUCUAUUGUUUGGAUUUACUCUAACGGCCCAUAAAACAUAGUGCCAAUGUCAGUACCUACUUGGUUACCUCCAUUUAUUUAUUUCUUCACUUUAUAAGUUGUCAGUUAUCACCCCCUCGCCGCUUUAUCAAUACGACGCCACUGCUAAUAAGGUUAGGUUAUGUUAUGUCAAUUUUAAUCAAAUGGUUGCCCUGAGCAACCGCUAGUUUACAAACUAAACCGUUUUUCAAAAUAUGACUUUAUACUUUGAAACACCGGUCUUAUUUAAAGAGGCCAACGUUAUAUCCACAAAUCAGGUGUGGCAUCCAAAUGCGCCCCUACUUGCCAUCGCAAGUUAUUCUCAAGAUCGUGGAGGUUUCGUGGGAAUCUUCGACGAACUCGGAGAGCCGUUGAAAGAGGUGACCUUUCCAGUUCACGCCGUAUCGCAGGUGACCUCCUUGGUAUGGCAUCCGGAACGGAACAUGCUGGUAAUCGGCUGGGAAAAUGGCGAAAUCCGAGCUUGGAACGGUGUCGAUAAGGAGUUUGUCAAUGUGGCCGGCCCUCACAAGGCUCCGGUCAUUUUGUUAGAGUUCAGUCAGAAAGGUGGUCGACUUGUGUCCUGCGAUUCGACAGGUUCCUUGGUUGGUUGGAAGGUCGACAGUAAAAAUCAAAUGAUGACUGUCUUUCAUCACGAGCUCAAGGAAUCGAUAACGCACCUAACCUUUCGUCUCACCGUCCGCAAUCAUGGCGACUACGACAUUGAAGGUCUUGCUAAGGCGGCGGUGAACGGCGACGAGCAGGCGCUUGACAUUUUUAGCAGUUGGAGGCCGAAGACCACCGCUCGCAAGUUUAAAGUGCAAGAUUCUGCGGAUAAUAAUUGCUUUUUCGUUGGAACACAGCAAGGAUCAGUCUACUACAUAAACGAUGGAGGAGUAUGUAGGGAGGUGUUAAACACCGAUGCAGUACCACUGAAUUACAUCUUACAUCACCCCAUCAAUAACACCUUGAUUAUAAUGAUGGAAGGCUUAACAAUAGGUCACUUCGCAAUCGACUCUCAGGGGCAACUAUCGGAAUUAAUGAAAGUGAAACUGAGUGGACGUGGCCAAGCGCUUCGUGGUGUAAGCAACCAAGGGCUGGUCUGGGCCACUAACACUUGCUUAGCGGUCUUGACAGGAGAUCUAACCGUGCGCGUAUGGGAUAUCGAAUCAAACGACAAUUAUAUCUUACCCACCGAACUGAGGCACUUUGAGAAAGUCGACAGUAAGCCUCAGCUUAACGAGCAUUUCAGCUGCAUCAGCUUCUGCAAGGUCAAUCAGACGCUAUGCGCCGGGACUAACAUCGGUCGCAUCUAUUUCUGGAGGAAGAAGCAGGCCAGAGCCGAAAGUGUCGAUCCUAACGACUGCGUCUGGGAGCUUCAUAACUUGUGCAACAUCAGCGGCACCAUUAAACAGUUGGUUUGGGGAUCGGUUAACUUUCGUUUGCCGCUUCUCAGCGUGAAUUGCGUUACGAAAGUGUACAUAAUGAAGGAGCAGAAUUUGUGCACGUGCUUUUCUGAGAGUAUUUGGGCGACGCAGCGAACUGCGAGUCAAAUUUUGUUGGAAACUUUGGAGACGAGCUCGGUUGUUAAUACUGACAUGCAGGUUACUGAUAUGAGCAUAAAUAGAAGUUACAUUGCCGUUACCAAUGGCCGUUUUAUUUCUGUCUACGAUAUUGUGGACAAAGAUCACGAGAAAAUCACUUACGAAGUUAGUUACAAUGCACAGAAGAAGAAUGAAAAGAAAGCUCUUGGUAUUAGCUUGAUUAAUAACUUUAGCUGCGAUAAUGAAGGUAUAAUUCUGUUCGGAAAGUCGAUCGUGAUUCUAACACCAGCCGGUGUUUUAAUCAAGGCGCACACCGGAUCGAAUAUAUUUUCAAUACCGUCUACGCCUGCGGAAGGUGAACCUAUAGGUAUUGAUGUCACCUCAAACUACCUCACUGUCUUUACAAUGGAAGGCUACUUGAAGAUUUACGACCUGUCAGAAACCGAACCCAAGGUCAUAACUCCGAUACGCAGUCUGUACGACAUGUGUACCGACUUCGGGGAAAUCAUCCAGGCUAAAGCGAACAGUAACGGCAGUAAGGUUGCGCUGACUUUGGCGGCCGCUAAUUUGGUACCCGAUGGAAAGCUGUACGUUUGGGACGUCGAGCAGGACAAUCUGAAUUUGUCGUACGACUUUCGCAAGUUUAACUGUAGCAAGAGUAAUACGUACGAAGAUUUUCGAGAUAUAUGCGACGAACUGAUCGACGACGAUGCGGACGAGACGACGGCGCUGUAUAAUAAGAUAUGUACGAAUCGGAUUCCGCUCUCUCUGCACUGGGACAACGAAGACGCGCGACUUUUGAUUUGCAACGCGAAAAAGCUGAAGAGUUCUGGGGGAAGAAAGCCGUAUUUGUCUCUAUAUGGAAAAGAACAUAAUGAGAAUAAAACAGCAGUGAAACGGUCACUAGAAGACGAAGAUCAGGUGGUAAUAACGAUGUUCAUUUCGACCGACCACGGUAUUCGCAUCCAAGAUAUCAAGGCCAUCGACGCCGAAUCCAAACUGAUCGGACUGGCGACCCCUUUUAUGGUCGUUCUUAGCAAACACAACAUCGAAAGGGUGGUCAUGAACGAUUUUAACGGUUUGGAGAAGUGCAAUAAGGCGACCAAGGAGGCCAUCUUGGAUUUCAGUUACAAUCUCAGCUUGGGAAAUAUGGACGCCGCGUUCAAGGCGAUCAAGCUCAUUCAGUCGGCUGGAGUUUGGCAGAGUUUGGCGCGAAUGUGCGUUAAAACUAGACGGUUGGAUGUCGCCUCCGUGUGCUUGGGUCACAUGGGCGACGCUAAAGCGGCCCGAGCGCUGAGAUUGGCGGUUGCUGACGCUUCGUUACCGAUAGAAGCUAAAAUAGCGGUUCUUGCAAUACAACUAAACAUGCUGGACGAAGCGGAAAAAUUGUACAUGCAGUGCGAACGUUACGACCUGCUGAAUAAAUUCUAUCAGAGCCGCAAUCGAAUGGACGAGGCGCUGACGGUUGCCGAAAGCAACGAUCGCAUACAUCUGAAAAACACCGAGCACAUGUACGCACAAAUGCUCGAACAAAAUGGCAACCUUCGCGAAGCUGUCUAUAGGUACGAAAGGGCGAACACGCAUGUACAGGAAAUACCGCGCAUGUUAGUCGAACAACCGGAUCAGCUCGAAGUGUACAUGUCGACUACUACCGAACCAGAACUUCUGAAAUGGUGGGGUCAGUACAUAGAAUCGCAGGGCGAUCUAAACGGCGCACUGAGAACGUACGCCAAAGCGGGCGACAUCUACAAUCAAGUUCGUACGCUCUGCUUUAUGGAGGAAGAAGGUCGUGCCACCGAACUGACGCGCGCGAACACGGAUAAAGCCGCCUUUUACCACAUGGCCCGCCACUACGAAACACUGAACAACAUUAAGCAGUCUGUCGAGUUUUUUAAGAAGGCUAACGCGUAUAGUAACGCGGUGAGACUGUGUAAAGAGAAUAAUAUGGGCGAGGAGCUCUGGAGCAUUGCACUGGUCGCCGGUCGGCAAGAGAAAUUGGAAUGCGCCAGGUACUUUGAGGAAGUCGGAGACGCCGAGAAGGCCAUUAUGUGCUAUCACAGAGCGGGGAUGUUUCACAAGGCCUUGGACCUUGCUUUUAAAUUCGAACAAUUUGACGUGCUGCAACAGGUCGCCGUGAGUUUAGACUGGAACUCCGACCCGGCCCUAAUUAAAAAGUGCGCCGACUUCUUUGUCGCCAACGAACAGUACGACAAAGCCGUUGAUUUGUUAGCCGUGGGGAAACACUAUAUAGACGCCAUUAACAUAUGCCUAAGUCACAACGUGCAACUGACCGAAGAUUUGGUGGAGAAACUUACACCUGAAAAGGAGGCAGUCGACGAGACUACCAAAAACAAAAUAUUAGAAAGUCUGGCCGAAAGUCUCAUGAUUCAGGGCCACUAUCAGUUGGCAACGAAAAAAUUUACCCAAGCAGGAGAUCGGGUACGAGCAAUGAAGGCGCUACUCAAGUCGGGCGACACCGAUAAAAUAAUCUUCUUCGCGGGCGUGUCGAGGCAGCGAGAAAUCUACAUCAUGGCGGCUAAUUAUUUGCAAUCUCUCGAUUGGCAAAACAAACCGGAAGUCUUGCGUAAUAUCAUCACGUUCUACUCCAAGGGUAAGGCUCAAGAUCUACUGGCUAAUUUCUACGUCGCAUGCGCACAGAUCGAAAUCGAUGAAUUUCAAAACUACGAGAAGGCGUACGGAGCGCUUACCGAGGCUUCGCGGUGUCUGACGAAAAUCCCGAAUGCAUCGGUCCAACACGAGAAGGCAUCCGAAGUCGUUAAGAAACGCAUGGUCGCGAUCAAGAGGUUCAUCGACAUACGCCGCUUGUUCGAGAGAGGCGAUAUCGAUAACGCCAUCACGCAGUCGCGGCAGUUUUUGGUAGCGGGCGGGCCCGACUUGGAAGAGUCGGUUAGGCGCGGCGACGUGUACGCUUUAAUGAUACAUCACUACGUAAAAAAUCAGGAGUUUCUCGAGGCCAAGCAGGUUCUAACGGAAUUGCGUCAAGUGCUAUCCAGUUCAGGAAAUGUGCCCAUCACUUACUAUGUAAAUAAGGAAUUAAUAGAGGCCUUAGCGGCCGGGUUGGGCACGACCGUUGGUAUCUUAAUACCUUCGAGUAGCAAGUUGAGGAGCUCAGUAAGUCAAGAUCAGGGCGAGGGGGAAAUUGAAGAGGAAGUUAAUUAGGUUAAGUUGAUUGUGGAACCAAUCCGUCCUUUUAUUAUGUGAUAGUAUUUAUGUUUUUAUCCAAAACGAUUUGUAGGUUAGGAAAAUACAAAUAAAGGUAACACUAAACUCAGUGA